AUGGGGUUCAAAUCAAACUUUGUCAGAGCUUUUGCCAAAAAUGAAAAAAGACCUCCGAUCCACAUGGUUUCCUUAAAACGUACAGAAAAUGUCAAAGAAAUCUUUGAAAUAACCGAACUAUUCUACGUCCGAGUCAAAAUAGAGUCAUACAAGUCAACAGGUCCUGCCCAAUGUUUUUCUUGCCAACGAUUUGGCCACUCAUCAAUUCAGUGCGGGCACCCGCCAAGAUGUGUAAAAUGCGGAAAAAACCACCCUAGCAAAGAAUGCACAAAACUGAAAGAAGAUAGCCCAACCUACUGUAACUGCAAUGGUAAACAUACUGCUAACUAUAGGGGCUGCCCCUACUACACUUAUACUUGCAAAGGAAAGACCGACCAAUCCAGAGACGUCAUAAGAACCAAACUCAUCCAGGAAUCCAAGUUGAAAGUACCACCAACAAAUAUACCAGUAUCUACAGCACAUGAAAAAGCCAAAGAAACAAAUACAAAAUCAUACGCGGCUGCAACAAAACACUAA